GUUGUGAACAAAGUUUAAAAGCUGCUGCAGGUCUGCAGACAUUCACAGGAAGCUGGACCAGCAAUGGCUCUGCUGAAAGUUCUGUUGCUGCUGGGGCUGGGUGUUUCAGUGAACUCAGAUGUUUCUCUGCAGAAGAGAAUCAUUGGAGGUCAUAACUGUGAUGACACGGAGCGUCUCUAUCAUGUUCGGCUGGUGAUGACCAACGGGCCAAUAUCGACCAUAUGUGCAGGAUCUCUGAUCCACCCUCAGUGGAUCCUGACUACAGCUGACUGCUAUGAGUUAGAGCCCAGGACUAAUGUAGCAAUGUUUAAAGUUCAUCCACGGGCUACUGAAGUGUAUAUUCAACAAAUCCGACAACGUCCUGUGCUGUAUACUGAUGACAGCCGGAAACAUAACAUCAUUUUGCUGAAGCUUCAGACACCAGUAACAAAUGUCCCACUUGCUCCGCUACCAGACUGCAGUAAUCGCCCUAAAAUUGGUGAUACUGUUCAGCUGGCAGGAGAGGGAGAAACAACAACCGGCCCCAAUAAUCGGCGAUUACGCACUGGACGCAUUCCAGCACAUCUUCAGUGUGUCGACAUGAAAGUUGUUCAGGUUUCCCAGUCCCGUUCAUUUGGGUACAUAUUCCGUGCUGAAGAACCGAACAAGGACGCAUGUAACGGUGAAUCCGGGGGAGCAGUGGUGUUCAACGGCAAGAUUUAUGGUGUGAUUUCUCUUGAUUCCUCACACUAUGCAUGUAAGAAACCAGUUUCAAUCAUGGAUGUGUGUGAAUACAUUGGAUGGAUAAAGAAAACAAUUGGGGAUAAAUAAAACAAACUAUUAUGAAAUAUAAUUCUCAUCAAAUUUCCUCUGAUAUAAUUUUUUUUAUUGUAUCUUGACCAGUUUGAUCCACAUGUUUGUAGAAUUAGAAUAAAUCAAUAGUUUUGUUUUUCCUCAUCUAACCUUGAUCUCCCUAAUGGAUCUUUCUCUGUAUCAGAAAUGAACAAUGAAUCAAUAAAAGCAUGAAAAAUAAACA